AUGCCUUGCCCGAUUACAGUCACGAAAUUCAUUGGGACCGUGUCCCUAGGUCUGCUCACUGGCGUCUCUUACUCCACGGCAGCCAUCGCCAUCCCAACUUUGAGAGCCUUGCCCACAGCUUCACAUGCCGGCCGUGCUCUGAAAGAUGUCAAGCGACGCUCGCGUAAACACGCUUUCCGGUUAUCAAGCAUAACAAGCUCGUGUCUGUUCUUCGCAUGGUUCGUCGCUUCGAGGCGGAAGAAACAUCCUUAUCUGAUUUGGGUGUCCUUGACAUCCGCCAUCAGCUCCUGGGGCGUUGACUUUUGGUAUAAUAGAGAAUUGGGUCUGGGCGGCUGGCUGCGCAGCGUUGUGGAAGAUAUCGACUUCCCGUCCCUUACCCUCAAGAAGACGCCUUCUGGUGCAUCUUCUCCUUCGUCAAAGAAGGACGAUGACUUGGUUGUUGUUGAGGAAGACUUCAACGGAGAAACAGUAGAGCAUGAUAUGGCGCGUGAACAAUCGCACCAGAUUGUUCGUUCCUGGCUGGCCGGCGCUGCACUGUCAAUGGCAAUCGUUGGUCUUUGGGGAGAUGGUGCCUAA